CAGCCAUGUUGGCUCCAACAUGUCACGUAAGGCAUAAAUGAAGACUUUUCAAGUCGACUUUAGAAUGCAUUUCAUCUCCUUACCUUGUUUCCUUGUCCCUUUUCUCUCCUGCCCUCGUUCCUUCGGGGGGCGGGACUUCCGUGGAGGGGGGGCGGGAGGACUGUGGUGACGUGGCCGGCUUUGGCGCUCUGUUUCCCGGACAUCCUCGCAGCUGACAGCCGCUGUGUCCUCGGAGCUAGAAGCUAACAGCUAGCUGGUGCUAAUGGAGGCUCGCUCGGUGUUCCUGCUGCUGUGUGGCCACGCCGCCUGCCUGCACGCCGCCUUGCCUUCACGGAGCGGACCUAAAGUCACCGAGAAGGUGUUCUUUGACAUCACAGUGGCGGGUCAGGAGGUGGGCCGCGUCGUCAUUGGCCUCUUUGGAGAGGUGGUCCCUCUGACCGUGGCCAACUUUGUUGCCCUGGCAACAGGAGAGUGUGUUUGUGCACAGAAAGGUUACGGCUACAAAGGCAGCAAGUUCCACAGAGUCAUCAAGGACUUCAUGGUCCAAGGAGGAGACUUCACGCUGGGAGACGGCACUGGAGGUCACAGCAUCUACGGAACCACCUUUGCUGAUGAGAACUUCCGACUGAAGCACAGCUCUGCGGGCUGGGUGAGCAUGGCCAAUGCUGGUCCAGACACUAACGGCUCGCAGUUCUUCAUCCUGGCCACUAGAGCUCCGUGGUUGGAUGGCAAACAUGUUGUGUUUGGCAAAGUCCUGGACGGGAUGUCUGUGGUCCACACCAUGGAGCUCCAGGACACCAACGAGAGGAACCUUCCUCACGCGGACUGUGUGGUGGUCAACAGCGGGAGGAUGCUGGUCAAAGAGCCUUUUAUUGUGGAGGUGGACGGCUGGUAGAAGAAGAAGAAAAGGUCAAAGAGCCUUUUAUUGUGGAGGUGGAGGGCUGGUAGAAGAAGAAGAAAAGGUCAAAGAGCCUUUUAUUGUGGAGGUGGAUGGCUGGUAGAAGAAGAAGAAAAGGUCAAAGAGCCUUUUAUUGUGGAGGUGGAGGGCUGGUAGUAGAAGAAGAAAAGGUCAAAUAUGUUGACUAUGCAAAUAUGUUAAGAUGACAUCUUUACAUGAAAGAAUGACAACAUAUCACUUUGAAGUCUGCAAUAAAU